CCUCGGCGGCCAGCCCGUGACGGCGGCGGUGGCGGCAGUUCCCCCGCAGGCCGCCAUGGCCCUGACAGCCGAGACCGAGUCCCGGCUGUACCGCUCCCUGCGCGCCGCCGCCGGCGCCGCCGCCCACCUCGUGGCGCUGGGCUUCCCCACCGCCGUGGCCGUGCUGGCGCGGCCCGGAUCGAGUCUGUUCUCCUGGCACCCGCUGCUCAUGGCCCUCGCGUUCUCGUUCCUGAUGACGGAAGCCCUGCUGAUAUUCUCCCCGGAGACCUCGCUGCUGCGCUCCUUCUCCCGCAAAGUCAAAGUGCGGGUGCACUGGGCCCUCCAGCUGCUCGCCCUCCUCUGCGCCCUCCUGGGACUGGGCAUCAUCACCUACAACAAGCACCUGAACGGCAAGCCCCACUUCGCCACCUGGCACGGGCUGACAGGGCUGCUGGCCGUGCUGUAUGCCAGCGGGCAGUGCGCAGGCGGGGUGCUCCUGCUCUACCCCAAGCUGAUGAAGAACUGGACGCUGGCCAAGCUCAAGCUGUACCACGCAACCUCGGGGCUGGUGGGCUACCUGCUGGGCUGUGCCAGCCUGAUGCUGGGCAUGUGCUCCCUGUGGUUCACCACCUCGGUGACCAGUGUCUCCUGGUACCUCGCCAUGCUGUGUCCCCUUCUCACCAGCCUGGUUAUCAUGAACCAGGUGAGCAACGCUUACCUGUACCGCAAGCGGAGCCAGCACUGAGUGCCCAGCACGGAUCUGAACUUCCCCUGCGCGAGCCAGCGAGGCCAGGGCUUGUCCCCACAGCCCCCCAUGGGGGCCCCCUGCUCACACAGGGUCUCUUUAGAACUUGAUCUCUACCUACUCAUCUCAUUAGUCCUGGAUUGUCUGUUGUGUCCUGUCCUUGGGGAGCGGCUACGAUGUGUGUAACACCAAGCAGGUGGGAGUUGCCCAUCUCAUGCCUGCCUUGGUGGGGACAUUUCCCAGCACAAGUAACGCUGCUGGUCUGCACAGCAGCUUGGUGCUCGGUGCUGGGAACUGGCGGGUUCACUCAGGAUUCCUGCUUCUUUUUUGUCCCCUUGCCACCCAGGGCUGCUUUGGAGCAGGCAGGCCGGGAACUGGCAUGUUCCUGGUGAGGAUGGCAGGGAAGGCCUGCUCGCCCAGGGGGUUGCAGUGGGCACUGCACUGCUUCUCCUGCCACCAAGGCAGCUUGGCCAGUAAAAGCACAGGGUAUGGUUGUGGCUUCAGCCACAGGACAGCUGAAGCCAGGUGGCAGCACCCAAGGUAUCCAUCCCCAUGGCACAGCCUGGGGGCUCUCCGUGACCAGUACAGACAGCUCUGCCCGACAGCUGCAGAUCCAGGCACCCAUCACCACACACAAAUCCUUCCUGCAGGCUGGGACAGCGAAGCUUCAGCCUGGCAGAAGGUGGGUGUCAUUUUACAAAGUGAAUUAAUGAGCUGAGAUGCAAACCGGCAUUUUGUCCCUCUGAGGGGCACAGGGAACAGUGCGAGCACAGGGGGAGCAGGGCUCAGGAUGAGCCUUCCAGCCAGCCUGCAAAACAGCCCUCGGGAAGGCAGAAAGUCACCUCCUCACCUCACCGGGGCGACAGCCAGCCUUCCAGCCUGCGUGCCAUCAGGGCAGCCAGGCAGCAUGAGGCUCUGUCUGCUGCAGUGGCCCCGUGGCUGCUCCUCAGCACAUACCCUGCUUUCGACAGGGCCAAGGGUCCCAGGCUGGGAAAUUCCUCUGUAUCCAGAGCUUUUAUUCAAUAAAAAUUUCAGGCAGCUACAA